AUGCAGAACCAGAGCAUUUCCAACAGUUCUUUGUUUGCUCAUUCCUCGGUGGCAUCCAGCACUGUUCUGGGUCUGUGCUGUGUGCUUGGUGUACCCGGUAAUCUAGCAGUGCUGGUCCUGCUUUCCCAACAUGUAAAGGAGGGCAGCUUCACCCCAAAACUGAUGCUGAGUCUGGCCGUCUCGGAUUUACUGAGUCUGAUUUUUCUGCCGGUGUGGAUCUAUGCUCUUCUGAAGGGCUGGGUUUUUGGCCAAGCUCUGUGUAAGUUGUUUUCCUAUGUCAUCUACUGGAGCCUCUACAGCAGUGUGCUUUCUGUCACUUUGAUGAGUGUGCAAAGGUACCUGCAGGUGCUUUAUCCACAGCAAUGGGCGAAGCUUGGACAGAAGGGCCAAAAAGGGCUGAUUUUUGGCAUAUGGACUUUAGGUGGAACUUUGGCUUCUUAUGCUCUUUAUUUCAGAAACCUCCGAUUAAAGAAGGAUGGGCUCCUACACUGUUAUCAGGAUUACAUGACUCAUCAAGAAAAAGUAUUUGUCUUGCUUUUUGAGAAUCUGGUGAUGUUUGUUGUGCCUCUCUGCAGCCUGUUGAGCUUCUACCUUCAACUCCACAGACGGAUAAAUCAAUCAGCUUCUUUCAGAAGACACAGACUGACAAAACUGGCCAUCAGAAUUGUAGUGACCUUCUUCCUAUUUGGCACUCCAUGUAUGAUCAACAACUUUAUCGCAAUGGCAGGGUCAUGGGAAUCAGAAGUCAGUAACAACAUAACCGGGGCUCUUUUCUUCAUCAACAGCUGCGUGAACCCUUUUCUUUAUGCCUUCUCGGCCCGAACUCUGCAAUGCAGAGGCAGACUGGAUUCAGUCCAGCCACAGCACAUUCAGGAUGAAAGACAAUAAAACAUUACACAACACAACACAAUAGUAUAUCUAGUUGGACUUGACUAAAUGUGCAUUUAACAAAAUUGUAUCUAUUUGUUUUAUCUAAGGAUAUUUAAUGUCCUGUGUAUGAUUCAUUAACUACCUAGUCAUGGUUCCCCAUUCCAGAAAUAUUCCAAAUAACAUUGUGGAAGCAAACCAAUAAUAUACUGUGAUAUUUGUCUCAGCUUUGUCUUAGUAGGUAAACGUUGUAGAGUGGUCAUUUUAGUAGUCCUUCAUUAAAUAUAGUAACAAA